CCGAACACUGUCAGCAUUUCAACGCCUCGUGCUUCCGGGAAUGAGACAGUCGAAAUCCGCAGUCUGCAACGUUCUGGCCUGGAACCUAGCGUUUGCGUUUGCGUUCGACCUGUACGUUUAACAUCUUUUUUUUUGCCUGGUGGUCGGCCACAAACCGAGAGGACAAUAGUGAAAAAUUCAUCCAGCCGUUUUCAUUCUGCGUAGGAUUCAUUGCCGUAGUUGUUUUUUGUUCAGUGUCGUGAGUUUCUUUUUUCAUUUCGCCAACAAUUCGAACACAAUUGGUUUUCGAAACUGGCCUAGUGCGGUGGUAGUGUAUUAAACUCUUGGUCAAUGAACAAGUGCAAUAUUUAAUGCGAGUAAACAAGAUGGUUAUAAAAGCAAAUGCGAAUUACAUUAUGUUUCCUCACAACAUUUACAAUGUAAUAUGUGCUAACAUCGAGUAAUUUACGAGUGGAGAGUGUAUUUUUUGUGGAUCGAAGAUUCAUUUACACUCUUUUGUACGCGUGCCUACCAUUGACGGUGGCAAAGGUGAAAAGCAACCGGCUGGCUAAGCAAUUGUUAGUGGUGAAAAAUCAUUCGGUCUAGUGAGAUGAGCCGCGGUACAACCGUCAAACGCUGAGAGCUGCUAGUGAAGUUUUCCACCGUUCUCUCAGCUUUUCCUCCAUUCUCUCACACACAUUCAGUCGAUAUUAUUGAGCCGUGCAUGGUAGCUGGCAGAUGUGUGCUGUACAUCAAGUCACGGGUAUCAUGUGCGUAUGUGUAUAUUCUAGUGUUUUUCUUCAUGGCCUGCUACUACUGGUUCCCGCAAUCCUAGUCGUUGUAACAUCAAGCUGCGUUUACAAUUAGUGAUUUUUUUGUCCGUUUCCUCGAUAACGGUCAGUGUCGAGAAAAGCCGUACAUGAACAUCACUUCAGUGAAGGAUAUCGUGUCUCAAGUACGCGCGACUCUCAGGACCGGAUCUGGUACUUACAAACAGGCAAAUGUGGAUAGGUAAAGUGAAGUCCCUAAGUCAUCAUUAUUCAACGUUCAACUAAAUAUAUAGCAUAAAUAAACAGAACAUUAUAUUGUGAACUAACACAAAAAACAUUCGUGAUCAAAUACUAGUUUUGCUGAGAAUUCUUGCUGUAGUUUACUAAGUAUAAAUGAAUCUAAAUAACAGACAGUAUCGGCAAGAGAAUCGAAAGUAAAUCAGAAGUAAAAUCAGCAUUUGCCGAUGAUUAUAAACUAGUGGGAUAAUCAAACUGCUGGAAUUGAAGUUCGUAAACAAUGGAGAGGAAAUUGUUGUACGCAUUUCGAGGGUGGAUUGCAUUUGUGGCCUUCAUGGAUUUGGGGACGGCCUUCCGAUGUUACAUCGAGCGACGGAGUUUUUUGGGUGAUCACUCAGAUACACAGUUUAUUGAAGGAGACUACACGAUUUCAAGGAUACUGGGUAUAUAUUGUAUAUUGAAAGCAGUCGCAUUGGUUCACUGCACCUUGUACAUACACUACAAACCAGUUGUUAGUAUGGGAGGAUGCUCAUUAGCUAUAACGAUGAUGCUCUACAUAACUGAGGCCUUGUAUUUCCGCUCAACUACGUUAAACUUUUACGUCAUAUUUCCAUGUGUACUCAACUCAAUAACACUUGUAGGUCUUUUAUAUAUUCCUCGUAAAUUGCGACUCUGGGAGCAUCGAAUUGCAUCAGAAAAUGAUGACGAGAAUUCUCAACUCCUGAAACAAAUGGGUGGCUUCAAGAAGAGACGAGCGCACAAGAAUAAAACUCCAUGAAUACUUUGGAUCGCAUAAUAUUAGAUAUCACCUUAUAACCACCUUCUUAGUACACCACCCUGUCCCACCUAUUCCCGUUUAUAUUUCAGCAUCCAGGUGCGAUAUUCCUUUUAAGUAGAAUCAACUACAAAUUUAAAAAAAAUCACCGAAACAGCGAUCCCAACGUUCCUCAAAUGAUUAAUCAUAUCGAGUCGUAGUAUUUACUAUUCUACUCCUUUUCUUCUGUUGUUUUGUGCUAGACAAAUGUAGUCUAGGAUAUACUAGAAGUAAACGCACGUGGUGUCUUUACGAUUCGUUCAUACAAUAUUUCCUUACCGCAUUGCAUUAAGACAUAAUUGGUAUUGGACCAUGGCCUGUGUAACUGCUGAACGACUGAUCGAUCUAACGCAUAAACAGUUUUAUAACUGCACGCUGCAAGAAUCAUGUUUAUGAUCACUUUCAUCUCUUCACAUUCAGCACUUUGUUUAGAAGUCCACAGCCACAGCAAGUUCAUCACAGCACGGUUUUACUGCAAACUAGAGUUAGUAUUCUACCAAUGGAGAUCAAGCACUGGAUUCUAUAGCGGACUAUAGACUACCAAACUCAUACGCUUCAGUGUGACUUAUUCCUCUGACAAAUCAAAAAGUACCCCAUUACAAAUAUACCGUUUUAAGUAUCAUUUACUUAAAACGGUUAAAGAACACGUGUGAAUCUAGCACAUAAUGAGCGAAUUCCCUUUGCCACAAACACAUCAACUUUCAUACGCUACCUACGCCGGAAUGCAAUUCAAAUUUAAAUUACAUAAAACCUAAAGAAAACAAAAACCUAGCUAGCCGAUAGUCAGAAUAGCAAAAUGCAAACAAUUUCUAAAUAUUUUUCUACGCCUUCCAUCAAUACGCAAGAAACGAGGAAUAAAGUAUUUCAUAUACUAUUAUUGAAUUAAAGCCACACUUAAGCGGAAACAAACGUGGGCUUGAUAGCCAUAUGUUCGAAUAACGAACACUUAAUGAUUCAGGGGAAUAAAAUUAGUAGUAGCAGAUGUACUUUAAAACAACACAAUGUGAAUGCAACAAAGCUUUAAAAACAUUUAUAACACGAAAUAAUCCAUGACACCCAGACCGUUUGAAAGAUGAGUGCCACAUUAAGCGGACAUGAAUCAAAUAUCGAUAUGUAAUGCAUAAUCCUGGACAAAACUUGUUAUGUUAUUACCAGUAGCAUCGAUCUCGACGUGCGAUGUGUGUCGAGUUAAGAAUCCUAUUUUAUUUUUAUUCAUGCUCAUUUUAUUCUUUCUGAAUUUAUUGAUAGCGAGCGAUCACUGAGUGUUGUACCAUCUACCCCAUAGCCUGCAACAUCAGAACGCUAAGCAUACAACUCUUUACUCGCACCACUAACAACCGGUGACAGGAAUAUUGUGUUUCGUUGUAACAACAUCACAAACGGAAGAUAUGCAAUCCUACAAUACCCACAAAAAAAAAUUCUCACAAAAUAUAUUUCACCAGGGUUGAAUGCAUUUUGUCAUCUUACAUGUGGUACACGAAGUAAGUUCUUCGCACUGCGGCACGCUCAGGCACAACAGAUGUGUUGUUUUUAAAUUUAAGUAGUUUGUGCACCCAGCGUGAUCGUUUUUAAUAGCGUGAGCAAACAACUAAGACAUGAAAUUUAGUUUGUGAUAGUGAGACAUAGCGAAUAUUAAACAUAGGAUUGCAAGAAUAACACGUGUUAUUACGUUAACGAAGGCUCUUUAAGCUGAACUAAAUAUUACGAAACGACCAGUUACACUAAGAUUUCAAACUACGAUCGCCGAUGCAGUUAUCCUCAACAGUUUGUCGUACGCUGAAGAACUUUUUGUGAAUUGAACAUUGCUAGAAACUAUUUCUACGUCGCCAAAAAUAAAACUUACAGAUAGUAUUCCAAUACUGUCCAUUGAAGUCUGCAAAUCGAGAAUUUACAAAUCGACGACAAACCAAGCAUCAUCGCAUCGGUAUUCGUUGCCUAAAUUAUACUUGAUAUGAAUACGACAGUAUAGUAGCAACAUCUUUGAACAAUUUUACAGUUACGUAGCAUUUUGCCGCAUUUAUACAUUUCAAUCAACUCAAUUAUAGUCAAUACUAGUUGACAAUCCGACCAGCAGCAGCAAUCGACACUGCUUAUUUCCUCUCUAGUCAAAUGCUUACAGCAAUCGUGCUCGUGGCAUUGCUAUUUAUUUCACCUUUUCUCCAGCAUCAAUUAUUUCUGUCGAACAGUUUAUGGUUUACAUUAUCGAAACAAAGGUUGCAAUAACACAAUUCAUUCUUUCUAAGACCGAAAGAUUCGCAAGCAAUAAAACACGUGUCAUGAACACAGAAACCUACAUCUUUUAUCAUUUAAUGUUAACACCAAAUGAAUAAAUGCAAGACCAUAGGCGAUAGGUUGAUAAACGAAAAUAAAAAAAACCCCAAAUUGAGUAAUUUGAAA